AUGGCAGCGCCCGUGGUCCGGAAUGUGAGCAUAACCUUGUCACAAAUUUGUCGUAACUGUAGCCUGCUUCAAAGCCGAGCUGCAUUAUGCAUUAAACGAUAUUCCUCUUCAAAGUCAACUGAUUCUGAAAACAGAGAUACCUCUAAGAAAAAUGAAGAAAAGAAAGAAAAAGAUGUGUACAUGCUUUAUGAUGAGUUUCCUUUUAGAAAUGGACCCACAGGUUGGAAAGACAAAGACCCAGGUCCACUUUUUCUUAAUCCAAAAGUUUACAACAGCCUAAGAAAGAUGACAGGAUUUGAUUUGGAAAAGCUGUUCCCCCAAAGACCAUAUCCUAGGCAUUUUAAACCCAAGUUCAGGAUUGUGUCGGAUGAGAAAUUACAGAAGUUGGAAGGAGGUAAUAUGUUCCGUGCACAGCAAAAACUGCAGAUGCCUCCUGUAAUGCUGCCAAGAACUGAAGAAAGCACUGUCAUUUGCCAUGACACAUGCAUUGCUGGGUUGUAUAACUCCAAAAUGGUGAUCACUGAUCUUAUGGUGAACACAGGCAGCAGGGAGCGUAUUAUAGUUAUACGAGAGCCCAAUGGUGUUCUCCGAACCCCAACUUUACGAGAGCGUGACAGAAUAACACAGGUUUACUUCCCUCGGCCAGGCAGGACCAUGAUGAUGAGCCGCAUGUUCUACCCUGAAUAUAUGCAGGGUCUUUUAGAUAGGGAUGAGCACCAAUAUUUACUGGACAGGGCAUGCGUCCAGUUUGAGCCAGAUGACCCCCAGUUUAUCAGAAUUUGUCAAGAAGUUUAUGACCAUUUAUAUGAAACAAGAAAGUUUGACAUUCUUCGCUCAACGCGUCACUUUGGCCCCAUGGCUUUCUAUUAUGCAUAUUACGAUAAGAUUGAAAGGCUACUAGUAGACAUGAUUCAAAGAGAAUUUAUUCAGGAUGCUGGCAGUUUGGUAAAAGUGUUGAAUGAAAUCCAUCCAGAUGCAAAAUGUGCGCAGAUAGCUAUGGACCUGACACCUGGUGCAACUGCUUUAGAACUUGUUAAAGCUUACCUGGAAGCUAAUUCAGAGCAUAAACUUUUGGCUAAGGCUGUAGAAGAUUAUGAAAAAUUGCUAGAACACAGACAAAAAGAAAGUGAAAGACGUGAAAGAGGUUUGAAAGGCCGAUAGAGGGUACAACCUCAAGGAACGGGCUGCAAACUGAGGAAAAAAAGGCUAAAUAGUAUGGACAUGCUAUGUUUUGAUUUAGUGAAAAGUUACGUAUCCAGAAAUUUCAACAAACCAAUGUGAUGGGUCCCAGAAUUAAUUGAAUGUUUUGGAUUUAUUUAAAGAUGCAUUUGAAGUCACUUUUUUGCCACAAAAGCCGACCAGAUGCCACCAUAUGGAGAAAUGCCAAGGAACGUAUUUUUUAUAACCUGAAUAUUGUCUUUAAACAGUCUUUCUGCUUGCUUUCUGCUCUGUUUAUAAACAGGCAGAUAUAAAGGUCAAAUUUACAACCAAAAAUUUGAGAAAGAUUAAUAGGUCAAUUUUAACAUUAUACCGAUUCUGUAUAUAUUCUAAUCACUGUGCAUUACACAGAUGCACUUAAACAACAUGUUGCUGUAAAUAAAAUUGAAAAUAUGAACUUCUUA